GCAGAUGGCUGCCAUGAGACAUGUAAACCAGUUGAUAUCCAUAGCGUUUGUAUUUCUUGCUUCGUACUGCAACGCCGUCAAAAACGAAACAUGUCACUGUGAUAGCAAUGAGCGCCAAUUCCAGGGCUACACAUACAAAAGAUCUUGCAAUGCGACGUUUGAUGAGGCCGAAGCCAAAUGUCGUCUUAUGGGUGGUCACCUUGCUUCAAUUCACAGCGAAGAAGAGAAUAGUGCCGUUUACAGAAUGUCAGAGAGUUAUCAAAAUUACACGACUUACUCCGAUUUCACUUGGAUAGGCUUAAAGCGCAGUGGUACAACAUGGAAAUGGACCGAUGGAACACCCUUGGACUUCACAAAAUGGUCUGCCAAAGAACCAAAUAAUUACAUGAACUUGGAUGAAAACUGUGUCGAGAUGUACACCGGUCAGUUGUCCACAUGGCAACCCAAUACAGGUGACUACGAGUGGAACGAUGUCAACUGCGAGAAAAAAAUGCUAUUCUUUGUUUGUAAGUACAAGAAGGGCAACAAAGAUAAGAAAAUGUAGCUUUUGCUUUGCUGAACUUUGCUGCACCAGUAAGGGCAAAAUGUCCAUGUGUUUACGCUGUUCUAUGUCGAGUCUCCAGGCACCAUAAAUGAUCGUGAAGACCAUGUAUUUGCUUUUCAAAAACUUUAAUACUACUGUGAAAUGUAUCUGUUAGGGUAAUUACAAUGCGCCUUCAC